AUGUUAAAGAAAUUUAUUGUCGUAGCAGCUACAGGUAUUGCUUCUGUAGCAGCCUCUACGUGCUCUAAAGUCGAUUACUGCGAGUGUCACUACCCUAAAGCUGACAACCCAAAUGAAUAUUGGCGAUGUUGGACACACGUGGGGGACCAAAUCGGUCAAGCAGGCACGCUAAAGUAUAAUUGCAAUCCUACUUCGAACAACCCAACCGGCCACGGCUGCCCUGAUCUACAUCUUGGCCAGAAAUUUUCGUACAACCACUGUAUCACAGUUGGCGUGCGCCAUCAGCGAGACGCUUGCGGACAGUCAGCUUAG